AGUUUUGACAAUUAAAAUCAAGUUGCGCUAUUGAUUUUAUUACGUACCCAUAUUUUAUUCUAAAUAGUGUAGAGUACUGAUUCGAUUUAAGCAGUGUCUGUAAACGGUAUCAUAACGGAAAGAGAAUGCUCAUCCAUAAUAAAUGAUUAUCUCAAUUACGCGGUUCAAUAGAAAAAAUUAUCUUACAUGCGAAAUAUCUAUAAACCAUUGACAUGUGUCACUCAUCAUCAAAACAAUUGCGGAUAAUCAAGCGUUUAAAAAAAAAUACUGAAAUUUAAAAGAAAAAAAAGAGAAAGAAAAAUAUUUUUAUCGCAGAGGCGGUUGAUGUUAUUCUAGCUGGUAAAAAUGCUAGAUUCAAACGAAGUUUUCAACAACAAAUAUUUUAUCCUAAAUAAAAGAUUGUUAAUGGUAAAUUUUAUUUGGCCUUACCAAACGAAGCACAUGAAAAAGUUUGUAAAUACGUUUAUUAUUGUAGCUAUUCAUACAAUGAUGAUACCUCAGAUAAUUAGAUCAGUGUUCGAAUGGCAAUUAGAGGAAAGAAAUGUAGAAAUUUUAGUUGAAAAUUUUGCGGGUUUUCUGUAUUUUCUAGGAACGCUGUCAAAGUACUACACGACUAUUUAUCUUGAAAAAAAGUUGCUACAACUUUAUCAACAAAUUACGUACGAUUGGAAGGGUCUGCAAGAUGACAAUGAGCAAGCUGUAUUACUUCGUUCCUGGGAUAUUGGCCGCACUUUGACCAUAUUUUAUAUGGGAUACAUGUUUACUGCUUGUAUAUCAUUUGUGACCUUGCCAUCAGCUGUACCAUUGAUGCUCGAUUUAAUAUUACCUCUCAACGAGUCUCGUGGAGUAAAUCUUUGUUAUUACGCUGAAUAUUUCAUCGAUCAGCAAAAAUAUUUUAUUUAUCUUCUUCUGCAUACGUUUAUUUGCGUCUCUUUUACUAUCCUGAUCGUCACUGCUGUUGACAGUACUUUUGUUAGUAUCGUAUAUCACGCAGUUGGUCUAUUCGAUAUUUUGGAAUAUCGCAUGAGGAAUGUAUUACGUUUUGUCGAAGAUGACUAUCAAAACAAUAAAUUUUUAUCGAAAGAGGAACUUCACAAAUACGUCGUUGAUUCAGUGAAAAUGCAUAAGAAAACCAUUGAAUUUUCCGAGAUUGUACAAAGAAUUUACAAUGACUGCUUUUUCUUCGUUACUGUAUUAGUGUUAGUCUGCUUGAGUGUUGGAACUAUUGAUCUAGUUAUGAACCUGAAUAAUCCUAUUAAUUUGAUACGUGUUGGAUUUGUAUGGCUCGGAAUCAUAAUGUAUACGUUUUUUAUUAGCUGGCCGGGUCAGAAAUUAAUCAACUGUAGUCACGAACUUUUCAAUACGGUCUAUGCAUGUGGUUGGUACGGUUGUCCCACUAAAACCAAAUAUUUAAUCAAGUUUAUGAUGAUGCGAUGCACAGUUCCUUGUAGACUGACCGCCGGUCCGCUGCUAACAAUGGACUUGGUAACCUCUGAUUUUGAGAACAGCAUUGUCCUAUUUUACGGUAGUAGCAUCGUUCAGUUAGAAUAUUCAGUCGAUCGAUGUAUACCGAAUUUAUUUUUGUAUGAUGUAUACAUAAACUGAUCCAAUAGUUA